AUGUAUCCCUCCUCCUCCUCCUCUUCCUCCUCCUCUCACUCCCUCACCCACGCCGGAACAGGCCUCACGCGCUACGGCUCCGCUCCGGGCUCUCUCCUCACCACCACCGUCGAUGCACUCAUCGGGGGAUCACGCCCCACACCCACCCCUUACUAUUCCGGAGGAGACUCCUCCGACUCAACCUGCAAAGACCAAACAUCGUAUCACAACCACGCCUUAGGAUCCGCCUUGCUCCGUCAGAAAAGCUCUCCCGCCGGCUUCCUCUCCCAUCUCGCCUCCACCACCACCACCACCACCACCACCACCACCACCAAUCACAACCACAACCACAACCACAAUGCAGCGGGGUUCACCAUCACACGGGGUUCUCGGUUGAAGUCCCAGUUGAGCUUCACGGGUCACUGCCAAGACUCUCUUUGUGGCGCCGAUAACACUAACAAUGUGGUACUUGCUGAUCAUACCACCUUCGGAAUCGAGCCCUGGGACAGUUCUCAUUCUCAUUCUCAUUCUCACUCCAAUUCCAUCGCCUUUUCCGCUCCCCCAGCCAAGCGCUCCAAAAAUACCAACUCCGACGAUCAGGACAUUCUCCAUUGCCUCAAUGCCUUGGAAUCUCAGUUUAGUCUUCCACAAACCUCUCUCGAAAUGGCAACGGUUGAGAAGCUCUUGCACAUUCCCGAAGACUCCGUCCCUUGUAAAAUCCGUGCUAAGCGAGGCUGUGCUACUCAUCCCCGCAGCAUUGCCGAGCGGGAGAGAAGAACCAGAAUAAGUGGAAAGCUCAAGAAAUUACAGGACCUUGUACCGAAUAUGGAUAAGCAAACAAGCUAUGCAGACAUGCUCGAUCUGGCCGUUCAACAUAUUAAAGGUCUUCAAACUCAGGUUCAGAAAACUCGACAUCAUAAGAGAAACUUCGUUUUAAACCUGAUCUUACACAACCACAAACUCUCUUCGCCCAAAAAAUUUGACUAG